AUGAAUCCAAUUAACUUUGAUACCUCUAUGCUGUCCAAAGACUCCAACAGCAGUAAUGCGUUGGGCGAAAGCAAGUUCUGGUCGUCGUCGUCGUCGUCUACUCGACAAGCAGGUGGUACUUUCCAGCCCCUAGGCAAGGAAGAGCCUUAUAGGUACCCCCUUAUCAGAUCCGAAACCUUCCCUCCCACCAAAGAUGAGACGUUUAGUACCCCUUACUCAACUGUUGCCUCCGACUACGACAUGCCUACCAACAAGUACAUGAAAAACACCAUGAUCAAUGCACCAAGUUAUAUCCCAUUCUCCAAAUCCUAUUAUCCCAAACACGACUCCUUUGACGCCUUGCAGGAAGACUAUAACAAACUCAAGGGCGAGUUGAUCUUGAAAAACCAAAUAAUCAAAAACUUGACCGACCAAAUAAGUAUCAUGUCGAAACCCGACCAAGCCUCCUUUAUGGCCCCGAAAAACCACUACCAGAUAUUCCAGGAUUUGCUGAAAACUUUGCAGGAAAAGUCAACUGAAUUACUGCAAACCAACCAACGACUCGAGGCAGUGUUGGUGGCCAAUAGCGAAAACUAUAAUGUCGAAGAAUUAAGCCACAAGCUAGUCCAUCGCUUAACCCAGUUGCAACAGGAAAACGAAAACUUGUUGAAAAUAAUUAGUUUUGGCAACAAGACAAACUUGUUGAUUGAGAUUGGCUUGCUAAAGCACGAAAUUGAGGUAUUGAAAGGGAUGGGAAACUAA